AUGGCACUGCGCGAGCUCAUCAAGGCCUUGGAGAAACUUGAAUCAGGAACUGCAGGAUUUGAUGCUGUGGACGAGCAACACGCAGCCCGGAAGGCCCAGGAUGCCCGGCUGGUACUUGAGCGUCUGGAGGGGAGCAGAGACAACGGCCACACACGCAACCGGACACACUACCGAGAUGUCUUCGCCCGAUCCGAUGGUAGCCAUUUCGUGAUGGGCAGGCUAGUUAUGGAAGUCGACAAAGCGCAGGAGGGACAGGGUCUACUGCGGGAUUCUCAUAUGGUCUUCCCUGCUUCUUUCGAGUCGCAGUUGUACUACCUGCCGUUUGUCUUGCUCGGCCGUGCGCCGAAGCGCAUCGUUGACGACGCAUGGGUCGACGUCUACCCGCGCCGGCCCAUCAUACCAGGCUGGUUCAACACGGGCCUCAUCUUCGUCGCGGGGUUCUUGUACUGUGCAGCGCGGCUCACAAUCAUCGGCGUCGCCUUCUCCUGCCUGCGGUCGAUGCCCGACUCGGUCUACGUCCAGACGUGGGCCAAGAACAUACCGAGUUUCCAGUGA